AGCACGUGGGAAAUUCACCCAGUUGUCAAGGAACACUUCUCCGUCUAAGUCCCAUCCCCUUUGUCUCUCCAAGAAUAAUGGCUACUGGAAGGGCAAGGAGAAAUGAAUCGGAUUUGGCCGAGAUGUCACUCUCGGACUUCCUCGAAAGGGACGUGUCUCCGCCGGCGCUUCGAGAGGACUUCCACUUCCUGGCGAGGCCGGCCGACCCCGUCGCCCGCAGGGGGAGAAGAGAACAAACCCGAGGGCGCGGCAGCAGCAGCAGCAGGGGGGGCGGGGGGCGUGGGAACCGAGCAGCAGCGCCCUCGAAACCCAGGAAGGAGGGCGUGCGGGCGGGCGUGAUGGUAGCGCAUGACCCCCCGCCCGUAAAGCCCCUCCGACAGAGGAAUGCCUUGGUCUCUCAGGGCGAGUCAAUUCUCACUAUGGGACUGCACGAGGCUAAGAAGGUGAAGGAGAACGUCGGCAGAUCGGAGGGCGACGGCGACCUGGAGGCGGUGCUAACGAACGGCCAACAGCAGGAGGAAGUCAGCUUCGUCUACCGCCAGAAGAUGUCCUUCUCGGCCGGUCAGCGAUGUCACUUUUUCCCCGUGGCGGAUCUUUUUGACGUCCGACGCGAUACUGUACUUAAGCUGUUAGUGGGUCUACUGAAUGCCGGAGAGCGAGGGGUCGUGUAUAUGGGCGUGGCAGAGGAUGGCACUGUUCAUGGGAUCACUGCCGAUGCCCAGAUGGUGGCACAGUUCGUGCAUGGAAUCAUGAAUACUGUCAAGUUCUAUCUGAUGCCACGGCUUCAUGUCCCGCAGUAUGGCGUCCGCUACACCAACGUGACGGCGAGCAGCGGCCACAUCCUGAAUAACGUGUGGGUGGUGGAGCUGCAUGCCGUUCCUCAGAUGGAACACUACUACAAUCCGAUAAUGGACAUGGCCUACUACAUCCGCCAGGGCACGACCACCAAGUCCCUCUCCUUCAUGGCCUUCUGCCACGCCAUCGUCGCCCAGACCGCCGAAGACAUGGACGAGGAAGUCAAGAAGCUCCAGGACCGCGUGACCCGUCUGGAGAAGGCGCUGGAGGAGGCGGGCGUGGACAUCUCCUCCGUAGGGCCCCAUGUAUGCUCUCUCUGUUACUUCAAUGACUGUCCGACGCAGUGUUACGGCAAGAAAGCUGUCGGGGAGGAAGUCUUUCGGUGCUCUUCUUAAAUAGCAGAAUGAGAAUUAUUACCUUCGUUGAACAAAGGCGCGGAUGGCAUCUUCAUGAAUAGCAUAACGUGAAUUAAGGGCUUUGUGAAUUAAGAAAAUAACACGAAUAACGGCUUCGCGAAUAGCAUAACACGAAUAGCAGCUUCGUUCGUCAGAGUAAUCCGAAAACCUUCCUUUAUACAACAGAUUGUGAAUGAAAUUUCGACAUUCCGAAGCAUGCACGGUAUUUUAUCUUCAGUACUAUUAAACACUUGCAUAUGACCUUUUCCCGAACUAUGAAGGUUGCUAUGACUAUUAAUACGUCCGUUAUAGUGAGGUCGUCACUAUAAAGAUUAAUCUAGUCACUACAGUAUAUGAGUUCAUCUACUUCAUCUACUUCAAGUAAGGAUACAUUAAUAAUAAUUAAUAAUCAAGAAAGCGGGACAGAUUAAUAGCAUGGACCGUCAGAGACUGAAUGGAGGAAUGGAGGGGGGAUGUGAUAAAGAGAAAGAUGAAAGAGAGACAAACUCGUGAGGAAAACAAGAGGAAAUAAAGGAUGGGAAAAUGGAAUACGUGGAGAUGAAAGAGAAACGAAGGGAAAAAUAGAUUAAAGACAGAGAAGAAAAACAGUUAACUCGAGAAGAGGACAUUAAAAUUAGAAGCAGAAAUUUAAAAAUAAAAAGAAAAUGUGAAUAUGGAAUAAACACUGAUUACGAUAAACGAUGAGACAAAGGAUAAAAUAAAAGAAUUAAAAGAUAAAUACGUAAUUUCGUGUUUCUGUGUUGUAUAUCUCUAUCAUGCACGUACAGACUUUUAUACGUGUGUUCCUGCUCAUGCGCGUGUGCAUGUUUGUGCGUGUGCAUGUGCGGUAUUAUGAGUUUAUAUCCCUUGAGCAUAAAGGAGAGAAGUUAGCUAAUAAUGAGAGUGCCAACAAUUUUCUAAGGUACUUUGAUCUCUCGCUUGACCUUAAAAAAUUUUCCCUCGCCGUCCGGGCAGUCAUGCAAGACUCCGACCGAAGUUUUAAGUCAUGCAGAACGUGUUCCUGUUAUCAGUUUAUUUAAAUUGUGUUCUCUAUACAGAAGCAGUAGAUGAUUAGUUCUCCCCCCCCCCUUCUGUUUUGCAUGUCUGAGCACGGCGUAACUCUGAUAUAAUAUUUUAGUAGUAAUUAGAGGGAAUUAUGAUUUUCGACAUUUCUGUGUUUGUAUAAUGUUAAUGAUACUGUUUUUUUCCCCCGAGUCAUGUUAAAUUCAUCGGGAGCAGUCGGGUGUAUGUGUACCCUUAAAUAUUUUUUUUUUUUCUCAUUUCCAUUUUUUUAUCAAGAUAAUGUCAAACUUUUUGUUUUGCUGUUAUGUACAUAAUAUUAAUGUAAUGUAAGAGGAGAAUACGUAGCGUGUGUUUGCAGCUGAUUCCGUAUGCAUUGCUGUAUCUUCAAGAGCUUCAGCACAUUUCAGGAAAAUCUCUUUUUUUGGCUUUUUCAAUACGCCGCCGAGGCUGUAAUUGAGAGCCUCGGCAUAAAUGCUCUUAAUUAAUCAGCGCCGUGUGUGUGACAGCGAGCGGUUUGGCGCGAGGGUUGCAGACGGCGCCGAAAUUUCGAGGUUUUUCUUCUUCUAGGAAAGAUAUAUUUUGUUUUUGUUUUUGUAUUAAAGGAUAAUGAAAGGAAG